AUGAAGUCUCCCUUCGGGCAUCUCAGCCUCGGCCUUGCCCUAUGCGAAGCAGCUCUAAGCUUAAGCAUUCACCAACAAUCACUGGACAUCCUCAAGUUCAGCACGCCAGAGGUAACCGCCGACUCCCUUCACAACAUCCACCUUAGCUUCCUCGACCCAGACUUCAAUGGAGACCUCCACAUCGUAUAUGGCGACUGCGAGACUGCAACCAGUACGACAAGCCACCAUUCACUCGGCCAGCUAAGGGUGAAGCGCAAUGCACACCCAGAACGCCUCGUCUGGAUAACACCCGCAGAUGCACCCCAUCUGCACUGUCUACACGCCUUUUCACCGGAGACAGGGGUCCUAAUGGCCCGAUCCUCCCCAAUAGCAAUCUCCAAGCCCAUUGCACGCCGCGAAGCCCUCGCCAUAGCAAACUACGCCGACGCCACAGGACCCUGGUUCGACGGCGUCGCAUACAUGGCAGGCAAAGAACCAGGGAAGACCGCCGUGGCCGCAGCCAAGAACUCUUCCGUUGCAAUUAUCGGCGGCGGCAUGUCCGGCCUUAUGACCUCCCUGCUACUCUCGUCAGUGGGGAUGCAUAACUGGCAUAUCCACGAGUCCUCGCAGCGGCUGGGCGGGCGGAUCCGCACGCAGUAUCUCAAUGGUACUAAACCUGAGGAGUACCAGUACCAGGAGAUGGGGCCGAUGCGGUUCCCUGUUAGCCUGAACUAUCCUGAGAAGAAUGAGACGCUGGAGAUCCAGGAUCAUAAAAUGGUGUUUCAGCUGGGGGAUGUGCUGAAUGGGUUGAAUCAGGAGAGGAACCCGGAGUUGAAGGUGGAUUUUAUUCCGUUUGUGCAGAAUAAUGAUAAUGUUCCUGCUGAUAGCGGUGGGAAUCGUGUGAAUGGGAGGAUUCCGACCAAGGGCGAAGUGGAGGCGGAUCCAGGGCUUGUGUAUACCGCUGCUUCGUCGAAUCAAUCUGCUGUUGACGCAGCAGAGAAGGAAUAUGAUGACUAUGUUGGCGUUGAUGGGCUGUCUAUGAAGGAUGUCGCAGAGAAUAUAUUCCAAGCGCACAAGACUGCCGUUGAUCAUGGGCUGUUCCACUGGUCUGAGGCAGGGUACUUGCGAUAUGCACUUGGAUAUGAUGCCAACAUUACAGAUUAUGUUGCUGGUUCUGGUGGCAGUCCAAUGUGGAAUUCUAUCUACGACAACGUCUACUUCUCUGCGAGUGAAUGGCGCACUAUUGACAAGGGCCUCGAGUCUCUGCCCAGGGCAUUCUAUCCCCAUGCUGGGAAUAAGACCACAUUCGGGAGGAAGAUUACUGGCCUGGCACAUAACGAGACGACCGGGAAGAUCGCAGUGAACUGGAGGGACGACCCCCUGCAACUAGCUCCCCAGAGCGAAGAAUACGACUACGCCGUUGUAGCUGCACCAUUCAGCAAAGUGCGACUAUGGGAUCUGCCCCGGUACUCGUCUCUGCUUUCUCGGGCGAUUGAUUCCAUGAACUACAGCCCGUCGUGCAAGCUGUCACUGCUCUACGAGACCCGCUUCUGGGAGCACCAGGAGAAGCCCAUAUUCGGCGGGUGCGGCGAGGUUGAUGUGCCUGGUGUUGGGAGUGUCUGUUACCCUUCGUUUAACCUCAAUGGGACAGGCCCUGGCGUUGUCCUGGCUUCGUAUACGAGCGGUACACCGGCACGAUCUAUCGCGGCAUUGAGUCCGGAGGAUUAUGUGGGCAUUGUGCAGCGCGCAAUGGUGGACUUUCAUGGCCCAAUAGCCGCUGAACAGUUUACUGGUAUUUAUAACCGCCAAUGCUGGGAAACAGAUGAACACCAAGCAGGCGCCUGGGCAUCGCCCUUCGUCGGGCAGCAGGAACUGUACCUCCCUGCGUACUAUCAGACAGAAUUCAAGACAAUCUUCAUUGGCGAACAUACAAGCUACACGCACGCCUGGAUCUUCUCAGCGCUGGACUCGGCGGUCCGUGGAACGACGCAGUUACUCCUGGAUCUAGGGCUGGUGGAUGAAGCAAAGCAGGUUGUGAAUGAGUGGAUGGGGCGUUGGAUUAAGCUGUGA